AUAAGGCGUAAAAGAUCUGAAAAUAAUAUUAAAAAAAAAAUCCUGGAACAUCUGAUUAAUAGCAAAAAUUGAUAUUUGAAGAUCAAAAGAAUAGUUUGCUGCUAUAGAUUAGAUCUUAUAAGAUCAAAAUAUGACAUGAUGAUGAUGAUGUUUCAGGUGUAAAUUUAAGAUAUUAUUUUCAGUACUUUUAUCUCUUAUAUUAAUGAAACUAAAAUCACUUUUUAAUUUCCAUAUUGAAAUAUGCAAUUAAUGAGAAAUUUACUCUACUCGCACCAACUGUACGGUAUCACAGUUGAACUCAUCAAGAUGGGCCCUGAAAAGUUAUGUAUCUGUCUACAUUGGAUGAUAGUCAGAAUCUGGGAUACCGAACGGUUACCGUAGUAGUGGAAGGAAAAUUUGGAAUAUAAGAACUUCAGAGCGAUCACCAUUUUAAAUGGCGCCUUUAAAAUGCUACCCCACAUCACCUACCACCGUAUGUCACAUAAAACGAAUGAGUUCAUGGGCAGGGAUUUCAUUUGCAGUUCAUUUGCAAAGAGUUACAUUCACUUGAUACUAACUCAGUUCAGAAGCAUUCUAUCAAAAUACUAUGUAUGGAUGAAUUGAACCUUGUAGUUUUAUCUGGAAGUUCGCCGAAUAGCAUUAGGGUCGCACACGCAUACCAAAUUCGUGAACGAGCUGUGAAGGCAACUCUUCAACACGCAGAAAAAUAUCGAUAGGUUAAACCUAAAAACGCGUCUAUUUACUUUUACGAUUCUUGUAUGCAUUGAAUCAAUUUAUCUCUUUAUUUGUUUCAAUUCUACUAUAUCAUCAAAACAACAAAUUUUUUUAAUAGAAAUAAUAUCUGCGCCAGAUUGUGUUGUCAACAAACAUUUAUUAUUGUGUCUAUCAAACAUAUAUUUAGAAUCAACAAUUUGGAUGUAUUACGAUCACCAUUUUGAUUUUGUAAAGUAAACAGUGGACUUUUUUUUGUGCGAAAUUGUUGGGGGAAAGUGCUUCAUGCGAAAAUCGUAAUUUUGGUUGUUCUUUCGAUUUUUGUUUUGCUCUGGAUUUUGCUACUGUUAAUAAAGGUAAGGGGCUGUCCAUUAAUAACGUAAGGGAAUUUUAGCGAUUUUUCGAUACCCCCUCCCCCCCUUGUAAGAUUUUUUGUAUGAGAACCCAAAAUUUUUUGUAUGGCGCGUAAGAUUUUUCAAACCCCCCCUCCCACCAUAAACCCUUACGUAAUUAAUGGACAGCCCCUAAGUGUGCAACUGCGGUGUUGUAAUUUUACUCAUAAAAUCGAUCAUUUCAGCAAUUUUUGUCGAAAAUGAGGAACGAUUCUAUGAAAAAAGGGAAAUCGUAUGAGGAAAGUUGAAGGUAAUUCCAGAACGACUGAUUGACUUAUAUGAUUGCUAAUUUUAUUUACUUCCGAACUUGUGUUUUAGAUCGAAUAUUCAACAAAGUUAGCACUACAGAAAAGGAAACGCGCCACACUACCUUGGAACGUUAUCAGAAUUUAUAUAGCAGCAUGCAUUUGAUCUUAAAUUGUGUAAUUUGAUAUAUAGUUUAAGAGAAAUGUUUUAUUAUGAUCAUAAUGAAAAUAAAACCUAACCAAUAAAACUGUUUUUAAUAUCAAAACUGGGUCAGUUUAAAAAUUUAAUAUUUGUUGAAACAACAAAUAUGAAUAUUAGUUUCAAUGGGAUGAUAACAUAAGGCUGAAUUUCAAAAGGCUGAAUGCACAUAAGGCUGAAACUAUGGAUAUGUAACAAAAGGCUGAAAUGACAAAAGGCUGAAAACAUGGCAAAUUCCAAAACUUGAAAUAUGCAUAAUAAUGAACUCUAUAGAAUCUGAGCUGAGGGUUUAAUGAUUUAAAAGAUGGUAUUACACAAGGCAUUAUAUUUUCCGGAAUACUAUUCUCCGGAGUGGCAUUUGCCGAAAUGUCGUUCCCGUUGGUGCUGUGUCAUUAUGCCGAAGGAUAUCAGGCCUCAAAUGCCACUAAGGCGAAUGGGUUGUAAUGACUUCAAUGCUAAGGAGGUUUACUAGGCAGCCUAGUUGAAUGGUUGAAUUAUGAUCUAUGCAUUAACUCGAAAGAACAGCCUUUCUAAAAAAGCGGGAAAAAUCUCUGAUCGAAGAGUAAGUAUUGUGGCCGCAAAUAGUACAGUAUAACGACCAAGCGGAAAGGUUUGAUGAUAAUUUCUGCAUACUAAUAACUCUCCCGUGAGUGAUUUUUCCUUCUAUUAAAAAUAGGCUGUUCUUUUGAGGUUUUUGCAUAUAUUCAGUGUUGGCAUUCUUACCAAUGUGUAAAAUGCAGCGAGCUUCUGCGUGCGCAUAUUCUUUAAAAACGAUUCAUCGGAGAUUUCCCCUUCUUUUGAACAUAGGCUGUUCUUACUGUGUUUGAAUGUUAUAGCUGCAUAUUUUUUUAUCAAAGGUUUUCCUUCUUUUAAAAUGUUGAAAGAACCAUAAUUUAAGUUCGGGUGUUGAAGCUGCUUACUUUUUACCAGAUGUUUCUCCUUCUUAUAAAAUAGGCUAUUCUUUCAAGCAGUAUUGUAUUCGAACAGAACGUGAGCCAAAAAUGAACUGAGCACUUUAAUUUUUUUGGUCGACAAAGCAUUGAACUUGCCUGUCAGAGCUUUUGCUGCUUAAGAGCGCCCGCUCGGUUCCCAUUCGACUCUGAGUUCACAUGCGCUUAUCUUCAUCAUUGAAUCCUAUGUGUCUUCUUUCUUAGGACUAGAACCUUGUGCCGCAUCUACAUGUUUGGUUGUUAUUUUGUUAUGUCACAGGGAAAUGCAUCAUAGAUCCUUUGGUACGACAUUGUGGUCUCGGAUAUUGAAAUACAGCUCCAGGAAUUUAGAUUUUUCAAAACACACGAUGGUCGGACUGGUUCAUUCUUCAAUAAAAGAAGAUUGAAGCCCAACAGAUUGCGAAGGAUGAAAUGGCGCAAAUAUGACCAUUUUAGUAUCACAGAUACCAGGAUAACAUGUUAGUCAGCAUGCUACGGGUUCAGUCCUAUCCUAGGUCCUAUCCAGUUCAUGCCGCGUUCAAUUUGCAUGUUCAAAUAUACAUAUUUGAUCGCAGUGUGCCGAGUAUGAACUUCAAUGCAAAUUGAAUGCGUUCACACUGCAGCAGUGCUACAAUUCGGUUCUGAAUUCUUAUGCGCUCAACAUUGGGGGAAAUAGUUUCUGUCGAUAUGUGAUGCCAAUAAACCUGUUUAGUCACCCGGAGUUCCUUGAGAAACUUAAUCAGGAAUGGUCAACUGAUGGACCGAUGAUCAGACUCUAUUGGUUUAGGCAAGUUUAUGAUUUUCGAUAAUUCAUGCCAAUACCUCCGUUACUGUAUUGUAUUUAAUCACGUCCGGAGCAGCGCAUAUGAUUGAAAAUCCGGAUUUUCCAAAACCCAUGUUGACCGGACUGGUACACUCAGAUAUGGUUCCAAUAGCAGAAGAAUUUCUGAAUCUAAUAAGCUCAAAAUGUUUGAAAUCUGUGGAAACAUGGUGGAGGUAUGGCCAUUUUAGUUUGGCGGAUUUCGCUAGUGUUCAAUUUAGAGCUCGCACGCGUUAUAAAUUUAGAACUGAACAAAGUUCAAACAUUUUUGAGCAACAGUUAGGUACAAUAGUUUUUGCCUCAACUACCACUUAUUACCCGAAUUACCCGAACAAUUGUUUACAUCUAAGACUCAUUCAACCUAGUUUCCGAGUUGACACACAUAAUACUUCAAACGAGUGGAAAUAAAUUGUUGGCGAAAUCCUUUGUCAAUUUGAGCUAAAAUAGUUUAGUAUUAGCGGGGUAUUGGCCGAUAUGAUACUGAAGAAAGUACAACAACAUAGGCAUUAUGAUACCGAAAUCCAUAAGAUUAUGUUCCAUUUGAAUGUCUUUUCAUCAGUUAGAGUUAGCUCACGUGACUAGAUGUCCAUUCGAUGAAUAGUCAAAUCGAUUGAAUGUCAUAUACUUCCUCUUCCGUAAAAUGGGUUUUGACCAAAUGACCGUUUGACCAAAUGUACUUUCGAGCAAAGAUUCUUUUGUUUCCUAUGAUCAUUUUCAAGUCGAGUCAAAUGUUUAUCAAAGACCAAUAGAUUAGCCAUAAAUGUCCAAAAUGUCAUUUCAUUCGAUUCUCUACAACUUUCAAAACUUUUCAACAUGUUGAUAUCUUUCAGCCUUUUGAUAUCUUUCAGCCUUUUGAUGCUUUCAGCCUUUUGAUCAUUCAGCCUUAUGUGUUUCAGCCUUUUGAUCAUUCAGCCUUAUGUGCCUUUUGUACGUAACCCGUUUCAAUACGGCUUCUUUUGUUGCUUCAACACAUUGUUUUUAUAGAUUUCAUAAAUCGUUUUUUUUUUGUUUCAAAAAAAGUUAUGUUUUGGUUGUGACAGCUAGUUGUUUUCGGGCAUUUUUAGGAACAACAAAUUCUAUUGUUGUUAUGAAUUUGUGGAUUUGUUGAAUCAACAAAAUUAAUUGGUAAGCCCUGAGUCUACAAUAAAAUUUGUUGAAACUAUGCAGAAUUCUUUUGAGUUAACAAUAUAUUUUUCUGCGUGAAGCGGUGAAUGUAAAUAACAUUCACGCCGUGGAGAGUUGCGUUUGCUGCCUUUUGUUGACUUUAUUUUUGGCGCUACACUAGUACUUUGUUCUACAAAGUUUCAGGUGAAACAAAAAUGAAAAAGUGCUCCAUACAUUAGUUUUCGCUACGAUGUUUCUGAAGCGAGUUAUUCGCAAGUGAAUGUAAAUGAUUGCAAAUGUAUGAUCCCAUCCUUGCAUGGGAAGUUAUCACAUUGGCUUCAUCGACAGCUGGUCGACAUUGGACCAGAUCUUCACCGUACGGAAAAUCCUCCAGAAAUGCCGUGAAUACUAGGUCCCAACAGAUUACCUGUUCAUUGUCGUGGCAUUCGACAAUAUGUAUCGACCGUGCAGAGCUGAGGCAGCUGAUGAACAAAAUUCCAAUGAGACCGAUGAUCCUCUACGGACAGGAUACAUAGAUUUUGUUCGAGAAGAACCUGCAUGUACUUUGAAGACGAACUUCAACAGUAUGCAGGAGAACUCAUGGUUCUGCCAAUUACAAAGUACCUGCUUUGUUUUUGAUACAUUCACUGGUUAACGUUUCAGGCGCCUGUACAACAUUGCCACUGUUCCAUUCGCUUGAGGCGACAGUCGACGGAAGAUGAUCUGCGAUAGCUCUUUGUAGGUUGUUUUCGGUAAGCGGGGUAACAUUAAUCGGCUUGACCGGUCUCAUGAAAUGCUCAAACAUUUUUAAUUGAAUCUGUUUUAAUCCUAAAAUAACUUGAAAAGUACAUAGCUUGUUAGAAUUUGGACAACAUAUUUGAAAUCAGAGACCCCAAAUUUAGCAAGUAAUGGUAUUUUCAACACAAACGAACAUUAAUCACUGUCAUGAUCAAUGUUACCCCAAAUCAACAAAAUCAAAAAUUAGAUCAAAAAGCUUAUUUUAACAUGCUUUAAAGUUUCACAAUACUUUUUCGAGUAGCUUAGCACAUACUCAGAGGGUCAGUACCAGAUUUAAAAUUACAAAACAUGUAACGUUUGCUUUAACAAGAAAAUUAUUCAAGAAAGAUCGAUAAUUUUGAUCAAUGUUUCCCCUGAUUACGGUAUAUAUAUCUAUUAGUUUAUAGUCAUGCUUCAAAUAUUUACUCAACAAGAACUGCAAAGCUUGUCACUUCAAGUGUCGGCCCAAUUUCUCAUCAAUUAUCUUUCAUUUUUAUAAAAACUUCCUGUUUAUUUACCUUACGAUUUUGGCUACACUGAUUUGAUCCGUAAUUAUAAGUCAGCAUUUUUCCUAAGUUUGUGCGGUCCGUCACUGUUAGUGUUAGUGUCGGCAUAAAGUAUUGUUUCAAUAUUGAUUUCAUGGCAAGUAGUAAUGCAUAUUGGUUUACCAGUCCUUCCGAUUGCGAAGUGACGCAAAAUCUUUAGCAUUUCAUAAAUUUCCAUUUAGAAUUUUUUGAUCUCACCAUAGACGUGUGCGCCGAAGCAGUUUUCACCGGCGGCGGCGUGUAAAACGUUAAUACAGAAUAAUUUGUUUCCUGUACUUGAGUACAAUUUUCAACUAUUUUGUGUGAAAGAUGUAAACGUAUGUAAAUCAGAGAUUUCAAUAAAAACUAUCCUUGCAAGAAUUAUGGUAUAAAUUUAAGAGAGAUUUCUUGAGAACGUUUAUCAGGAAAUUUAUAGAGGAUUUCCCCUUUCUUUUUGUUUCUUCAGAAAUAUCUCAAGUAUAUCUCUUCUUGGGAUUACUGUACAGCUUUAAUUACUGUACAUCUUCAGUUUUCCAGGUUAUUUCUUCUUGCAUGAAUUCCCGAUAAAUUGUUUUCAAGGAUUCCUUCAGAAACUUCUUCAUGAUUUAAUUCAGAAAUUCCUCAAAGAUGUUCUUUAAAAAUUUCUUCAGCGAUUUUAUCAGAAGCUAAUCCAUUUUUUCCCUUAAUUUUUUUCUAAAACAUUCUCAUAAAAUUCUUCUAGAAAUUACUCCAAAGCCACCUCAGCAAUUGUUUUUCUUACCUUGUUGGGGAAAAUAAAGCACUGCAUCCAAUUAACUGAACUUUUGUGGUGAAUCUCAGGAGCUCCCCCAAGGACUUUCCCAAGAGCUCCUCCAACGAUUAUUUCUGAAAUGGUCUCAAUGAAAUUAAAUCUUAUCAGGGAUUGUCUAUAGAAAUUCUUUCAGAUAACCCUCCAAGAAUACCCAGUCAACCAGUAAUCGUAUAAGAUGUUGCAUAAGAUGUCAAAGUGGAGGCGAUAUGCGUACAUUUUACAUGCGCCUAAAUGGAGGCAUGCACGCAUAUGGCCUCCACUUCAUCAUCUUAUGCAACAUCUCAUACGAUGACUGGUUGUCUGGGUAACUCCUACAUGUUUUAUGUAAUUAGCAUUAGCAUUAGCAUUAGCAUUAAGCGAGUCGCACAAAUUCGUAGGUGGUACAGUCCUAGACCGCUGUUAUGAGGGUUGCCUCCUUCCCGUCCGAACCAAAGCACAAAGAUUUGGGACUAAUCUCUGACUCUUAGACAAGACUGACGCAAUCCUCCAAUGGUCGAGCACUGUCCUGGCCACGUCCUUGCGACUGCUGAGGAAUGGGAAAGGGUGGUUAGUUUUGGACACCUAUGAAAAAUGUAGACAACUCUACGAUCUCUCAGGCCUAGGUGUCACGGGAAUUUGGGUGUUGUUAGUGGAAGGGCAAACUCCAGAGGAUACGCUUGGUCAACGUUCAAGCACACCAUUGUCAGUCUUCUUCGAAUCCGUUGUCUGCCCGAUUCAUCCUGGAUUCCUCGUCGCCUUGAUGGCAUUUGGUUGAAUUACCAGAUUCUUCGGUUGAUAAUCUGAAACAUAAAAUAAUAUUAACAUCGUACGUCAAAUAAGCUACAUAUUAGUGAUACACUCGCCACAGUUGCAUAUUUUUACAAAAUUAUUUAUAUCAUACGAUUAAUUUGCAGGUUUGAGCUGAAAUAAAAUGUUGAUUAGCAGUACAUUGAAACAAAAUUAACUACAAUACACAAAAAAAAGCACCGAACUUUGAUCUUGGAAUAUAUUUAUUAAUACGGUAAAUAUCAAGAUCAAAAUUUGAUUUGGUAGAUCUUACACCGCAACGCACCAUUCUAAGGUGAUCUACCCACGUUACGGGUGGAUCCUACAUCCUACAUGUUUUAUGUAAUUUCAUAAAAUAUUUCUAUAAAUACCUGUGGAGUAAUAACUCAAAAAAUUCACGGAGGAAUCUCCAAAGGAAUCCCAGGAAAUAUUUCUGAAAAAAACCGAAGGAGGCAUUCCAAAGAGAAACCGUGGCAUUUCUUUGGUAAUCCCUGACGAUAUUUUCCAAGGGAUUCCUUUGAAGAAAUCAUGGAAAAUGUUUGAGGUAAUUUCUUACUGACAUUCUUACAAAAAUCAUUAAACUAGUGAAGGAGUCUUUAGUGAUAUUUCAGAUGGAAUUCUUUAGUAGGCUUUAGAUGGAAUCCAUGGAGGAAUUUCUGAAAGAAUCUUUGGAGGAAUUUUUGAAUACAUUGUUUAUCUAAUUCCUGAACAUUAUGUGAAAGAAUCCCAAGGAAUAUUGUAAAAUAAUUCUAGAAAGAGUUGCUAAAGAAAUUUCUGGAUUCGCUCUAUCAGAAACCCUUGGUGGAACUCCCACAAGGAUUUUGUUGGAGCCGGGCCCAUCCAACUAACAGAAUUAGUUUAAGUUAAAUUGAAUUCGCAAAUACCGAUUUGUAACCCUAUUGAUCCAACAAUAUCUCUGAGAGACAAAAUCUGAGCAGAGCGCGCCUGCGCACGCUAGCCACUGUCCACCUUCUGUGGACAAUCGUUUAGGUAGAGAAACAAUCACCAACCUCUUGUACAUAUUGUAUAUAGAUUAGUACGAAAUAACAAGCAAUACAAAACACACGCGCGGUCGUCGUUCUUUGUCAUCGCUCUAUCACCGUCAGAGCAAUAAAUUCGCAAGUCCCCGCGUUACCAAGGGACUUUGCUGUUGUCGAUAUUGCGGUUGUGAACCGUGCGAGUCAAAUUGUGCUAAGUGGUCGGUUACCACGGCACUUAGACGUUUUGUGGUUGCAGUGGUGAAGCGAGUGAGAAGACAAAUUUCCUAAGUGCCCGGUUACCAAGGGACUUAGCCGUUCAAGUGUCGUGAGCAUCAUUCGGACCCUAGUGAAAGGGUCGAAGAGCUUUGACGGCCAGUGUUUGAAGAAGUACUGGACACAAAGGGCUUGUGGCGACCCAAGCCCUCGGUCAGUGAUAUCGCGAGUGUUUGCUGCACUUUAGUGCACUUUUCACCAGCUGCUCCGGCAGUGAAGAAAGUCCUUCGGUCCAGGCAUAGUUCGCGCUCGAACAUUUUUUGGUCCUUCGAGCCGGAUCGAAGGCCAUACCGCGGUCGAAAAGUGUGUGAAAGUGCCGGUAAAAGACCAAAUUACUGACCGCGUUGGUCAAUUGUGCGGUGCCAUUGUACAUUGGCACAAAAGCGCCAUCGCGCUUGGAGGUUGUACCAAGGCGGGUACACCUCAGGACAGUGAGUGGAACGAACGAUUCACGCGCGCGUGUGUCGCACGGUGAUAGCUAAUCAAUUAGCCCGUGCAAUUGAACUAUAGUGCAAAAGCCCCGCCGCCGGUGGGUGAAAUUGUGUGUCGGUGAAGAAACCUCUGCGCUUGGGAGAGUAUCAAGGCGGAUACUACUCUGUGCUGUGUGGAGAAUAUUUCGUGGCCAUCUUGCGACUCGUGGUCAUCCAGGAAGGUGAUUGACCCUUACAAUUGCCAUCGUCAUCGAAGCCAUUUUCGACGCUGGUGAAGUUACCCCGUUCCCCCGCCGCUGCUGCGCCAUACUUUUUCGAUUGGUGGUGGCACACAGACCGCCGCUGGGGUUGGAACGACCAUCGAAGCAACGAAUCCGGUGAGCUCUUUCCAUUUUCUAUGCAUGUGGCUUGCAGUAGCAUUUAAGAAAUUUAAUGAAAGAUAAUUCCAACCACUUUGAACUUUGUUUCAAUUGGUUGAUGAAAGUUGGGUGACUUUUUCGCAUUUUUUCAAGUCAUUGUGGCAAUUGGUGGGAGACGGUGCGCAACUCAAGUGGAAUCCGUUCGCGCCCUUGAUUGCGUUCCGCGUAGGAUUGGGUUUGUUCGCGACGGGAAGGAGCAUUCGUUCGAUUAAACAUCCCUUUCCCGUCGAAAUUUUCGCCGCGAAGGCCAAUACAUCGUGACGGGAAGGAUUUGAUCGUUCGAUUAGUGUAUUUGCGCCUCGCCGGUUCGGUUUCGCGAAGAAACGAGUAGCUCGCGUCGGGAAGGAGAUCCGUUUUCGAUUUGCUACCGUUUCCGUACGUUUUUCGUUCGUGUGCUCGCCAGCAAUGGCUCCGAAGGACGACAAAAUCCUUACGGACAAAUUGGUCCAGCGGCAGUCGUUAACCGCCAUUCGAGACGCUGUUGAAAAGUUCGUCAGAGACUUCGAAGCAGUGCGGGACAGGUGUCAAGUGCAAGUGAGAAUCGAAACCCUAGACCGAGUGAAUGUUGCCUUUUCGGAUGUGCAAGAUACCAUCGAGCGGCUGGAUCCGGACAAUCUGGAGGCACAUCUGACGGAAAGAGUGGAUUUCGAGCAUCGAUAUUGCGCAGCGAAGGGGUAUUUGCUGUCUAAACGCCCCACCGAUGCUGCCCCAGCACAGCUGAACUCGUCCUUCGUCGCACAACCAGCCCCCUUCCACCUCCGCUUACCGCAGAUCGACCUACCACGUUUCAAUGGCGAUUUUUCACGUUGGUUGUCGUUUCGUGACACAUUCUCGUCCAUGGUCCACUCCAAUGCGGACAUACCAACGGUCGCCAAACUGCAAUAUCUGUUGCAGUCACUCGAAGGGGAAGCGAAGAAACCCUUCGAAUCCGUCGAAAUCGAAGCCGACAAUUACGCUUGCACUUGGGACGCUUUGCUCAAGAGAUACGACAACCGUCGGUUCCUCAAGCGUCAACUGUUCCGGGCACUCUACGAUUUGCCAACGGUGAAGCAGGAAUCUGCUAAACGCCUCCACAGCCUGGUCGACGAUUUCCAGCGCCAUGUACGGGCCCUGGCCAAACUCAACGAACCCGUGGAGCAUUGGGAUACGCCGUUGGUGAAUAUUAUGUCGUACAAGCUGGACCAAUCCACUUUGCGAGCCUGGGAGGAGAAGACAAGUACGCAGGAUGAUGUCAAAUACGACGAGCUGGUGGAGUUCCUCUACCAACGUGUGCGAGUGCUGAAUUCCGUCGGCUACGAGCAUCAUCAGCAGCCGACGCCGCCGUCAAAGGUGGCCGGGACCACCCCGAAGUCCGCCAAAAUCAAGUUCGCAGCCAGCGCCGCUGCAUCCUCCAAUACAACGCCAACAUGUCUCCUGUCGUGUCCCGACAAUCACGUUCUACGCAACUGUCCCAUCUUCCUUGGGAAGGAUGUACGCCUUCGCCGAGAGCUCGUAACGCAGAAGCGGUUGUGCUGGAAUUGUUUGGGCAGCGGGCAUCAAUCAAAGAAGUGUUCGUCGAAGUUCACUUGUCGCACGUGUCGUGAGAAACAUCACUCGUUACUGCACGAUCCUGCUCUAUCGAAGUCGCCGAGUUCCUCCGUGUCAUCAUCAACCUCUACUCAGCAACCGUCUCCUUCCACAAGUGUGGAAUCCCAGAGCUCCGCUCCUCCCCAAGUCAGCAUGGCAGCCCAAACUGCAUGCAACACGGUUUUGUUGGAAACGGUUGUCCUCAACGUGAUCGAUGACCACGGCAAUGAGCACCAGGCGAGGGCCUUGCUGGACUCGGCAUCCAUGUCCAACUUCAUUUCGAAGCCAUUAGCGAAGCUACUCUUCAACCCCCGGUCGAAGGUGGACAUAUCCAUAGCAGGUAUCGGUCUCUCCACGCAGAACGUGAAAAGUGCAAUUACCGCCACGAUCCAAUCGAGAACACAGGAGUUUUCGACGAAAUUGGAGUUUCUCAUCCUCAAGAAUCCUUCGGCACAGCUGCCGACCAUUCCGAUCAACAUUUCGUCGUGGAAUAUCCCGAAGGUUGCCCUAGCAGACCCCCAGUUCCACGUUCCAGGAAGGAUAGACCUUGUCAUCGGAAGUGAAGCCUUCUGGGAGCUCCAUAGUGGUCGGAAGAUUCCGUUAGGAGACGGACUUCCAUGGCUGACUGAAACGCCAUUCGGAUGGGCCGUCGCUGGGACCGCAUCAAGCCAAUACAACUGUAUCCCUCGGAUCUGUAACCUUUCUACGAAAGAUGAUCCCCUAGAAGCCACCCUCCAACGGUUCUGGGAAAUCGAGGACAUUUCCGACGGUCCUGCGCUGUCGGUGGAAGAGAACCGGUGUGAAGAGCACUACGCAGCAACUACAACUCGUGAUCCAUCAGGGAGGUAUUUCGUCAGUCUUCCUCGAACCGACAAUCCAAUGGCUGUCCUAGGAAGCUCCAAGGAAAUCGCAGAUCGCCGUCUUCUGAGUGUCGAGCGGCGUCUCGAACGUGAUCCUGCUACCAAGGACGCGUACCACCGCUUCAUGGACGAAUACCUCCAGCUUGGACACAUGAAGAAGCUCGAAGAACCGGUAGAUGAUGGUCAACCCCAUUGCUACAUCCCACACCAUGCCGUCUUCAAAGAGUCUAGCACGACAACGAAGGUCAGGGUCGUUUUUGACGCUUCGUGCAAGACGUCGUCCGGAUAUUCGCUGAACGACACGCUUUUGGUCGGCCCAGUUGUACAGGAAGACCUGUAUUCAAUUAUUCUGCGUUUCCGCAUUCGCCGCAUUGCUCUCGUUGCCGACGUAGAGAAAAUGUAUCGGCAGAUGCUACACUUCCCCGAGGAUCGCAGAUUUCUACGAAUCCGUUUCCGUGAGAACCCCAGCGAUCCAAUAUCCACCUACGAAUUGCAGACAGUGACCUACGGUACUGCCUCUGCCCCGUAUCUCGCCACGAGAACUCUGCAGCAGAUAGCUCACGAUAAUGGACAUCUGUAUCCAGCUGCUGUAGACCCAGUGAUUCACGACUGCUACGUCGAUGACCUGCUGUCUGGAGCUGACGAUGUGGAAUCAGCCAUUCAAGUGCGGGAACAAGUGACGUCUAUGCUCAACACUGCUGGCUUCCCAAUCAAGAAGUGGGCAUCGAACGUUCCGGAAGUUCUCGCCGGUGUUCCAACGGAAGACCUGGCCCUACAACCACUGCACGAUCUCCAGGACGAGCAGGCCGUUUCCACUCUGGGUCUUGUGUGGGAACCGAGAACCGACACAUUACGGUUCAAGGUCCAACUGCCACCACCGGCUGCGGUACUGACAAAGCGGAAAGUGAUGUCAUACAUCGCCCAAAUCUUCGACCCACUCGGUCUCGUGGGUCCUACCAUCGUAGUUGCGAAACUCUUCAUGCAGCGUUUGUGGGCGCUGAAACACAACGGAGAAACUUGCGAAUGGGAUUCACCGCUUCCGAUCAAGCUGCAACAGGAAUGGAAAGAAUUCCACUCCACGCUACACAUGCUAGGCGAGGUUCGAGUUCCACGAUUCGCAUCUCUUUCGAACGUCAUCAACCUCCAGCUCCAUUUCUUCUCCGACGCCUCCAAGGGAGCGUAUGGCUCCUGCUGCUACGUACGAGCUGAAACAAGAGAUGGUGUGUCAGUGCAGCUGCUAACUGCGAAGUCAAAGGUAGCUCCACUAUCUACCCGUCAUUCCAUCGCCCGGCUGGAACUAUGUGCAGCGCGACUGUCGACGCAGCUGUUCCAGAAAGUGUUGGCCGCCCUGAAGAUACCAGCUCCAGCUUACUUCUGGACGGACUCCACUACGGUUCUCCACUGGUUACGGUCACCACCUAGCCGUUGGAAGGCAUUCGUAGCCAAUCGAGUGUCACAAAUCCAGCAUGCAGUCGCCGUGAGUCGCUGGAAACAUGUUCCUGGCACCGACAACCCAGCAGACGAUAUCUCACGGGGAUUGAAUCCAAUCGACAUUCUACAGUGCAAGCGUUGGUGGAACGGUCCUGACUGGUUGACACUCCCUCCGGCGAACUGGCCGAAUCUCCUUCCGGUCGAUGAAGACGCGCAAGCUUCCACCGAAGAGAUGCGGAAGGUCCCGGUAGUUUCGAUGGGCGUCAUUCAAAGCGGUUUCCACGACGAGCUGUUCGCCCGUUUCUCCAGCUUCUCUAAGCUUCGUCGUGUCAUUGCGUUCUGCUUGCGAUAUCGUCGAUCUUUGCAAGAACGCGCCACGUUACGCCGCACCGAUCCGGACAAGUUCAAUCAGCUCACCCUCAACGAUGGGACAAUCGCUCCACUUACCUCCGAAGAACUACAUACCGCGGAGGUGCACCUCUGUCGUCUCGCACAACGUCAGUCGUUCGCUGAAGAACUUUCGGAUCUGGCCAGCGGGGAAAGAGUCACCAAAUCGUCAGCGUUGAAAUGGCUGAAACCGUUCGUCGAUCAGAACGGCCUUAUUCGUGUCGGUGGCCGGCUGCGCAACGCCGCCCUCUCCGACUUCGUCAAGCACCCCAUCGUGCUUUCUGCCAAACAUCCGCUGUCGACUCUGCUGGCUAGUUUCUUUCACUUAAAGCUACUGCACGCAGGCCCUCAACUCCUGCUAGCCACACUGCGCCAGAAGUAUUGGAUUCUCGGCGGCAGAAACUUAACAAAAUCCGUCUUUCACCAUUGCCACACUUGCUUUCGUAGCAAGCCCAAACUAGUCCAGCAGAGCACAGCGGAUCUACCGGCAUCCCGAGUCUCACCAACUCGACCCUUCUCCGUCUGCGGCGUCGACUAUUGUGGACCGUUCUUCAUCAAGCCAACCGUCCGCAAUCGUGCACCAACGAAAGCCUACGUAGCGGUCUUCGUCUGUUUUGCGACAAGGGCCGUACACAUCGAGCUUGUGAGCGACCUUACCACGGCUGCCUUUCUGGCAGCGCUUCGUCGUGUCGUCGCCCGCAGAGGAAGAAUCGCCGAGCUGCACUCGGACAAUGCGACUACGUUCAAGGGUGCGUCUCACGCACUCAACCGCAUCUACCAGAUGCUGAAGGUGGACAAUGCCGACCGAGACAGGAUCUUCAACUGGUGCUCCGAGAAUGAGAUUCGGUGGAAAUUCAUCCCGCCGAGAGCGCCACACUUCGGAGGCCUGUGGGAGGCCGCCGUCAAGUCAGCGAAGAAGCACCUGCUCAAGACUGUCGGCAACAGCAGCAUCGCCUUCGAACCGAUGGUAACUCUCUUGGCCCAGGUCGAGAUGUGCCUGAACUCUCGUCCGCUGACGCCUAUGCCGAGUGAACCGUCCGAUCUGGAGGUCCUAACACCAGGGCACUUUCUCGUCGGGUCCAAUCUCCAAGCAGUGCCCGAAGCUGAUUUUCGUGGGAUUCCCGACAACCGUCUGGAGUCGUACGAGCUGGUCCAGAAGCACCUACAGAACAUCUGGGCUCGUUGGUACCCGGAAUAUCUUCAGCAGCUGCAGUCCCGAGCUACCAAGGGCUGCAAUCCUCCGGUCGUCGUCGAGGUCGACCGAAUCGUCGUUAUCAAGGAGGACAACGUCCCUCCUGCCAGCUGGCCGCUCGGAAGGAUUAUCAAGCUACAUCCGGGCAAGGAUGGUGUCGUCCGAGUAGUGACACUACGGACUGCACCGGGAAAGGACAUCGUUCGAGCGGUUGCGAAGAUCGCUCUACUGCCGUCACCAGAUCCAAGCCUAUAAACUGUUCCAGGUAGAGCAACCCGCAAGGGAGAACUUGCUCGAAGCGCACCUGCGCUUAGCACAGGUAAUUGCGGUUCCAAUAACCCUAAGCUGAAUCGUUCGAUCUACCUGGUCUUUCUUUUUUGUUCCCGGUCUGUUGCGAGGAUCUACAACGGAGCGAUCACCGGCGCCAGUCCCGAUGUCCAGUCCAGUCUACAAUAUCCAACUUGAAUUCGUCCAACGUGAAUUUUGGAACACCUCCGUGUUCCAAGGUGGCCGGAAUGUUGGAGCCGGGCCCAUCCAACUAACAGAAUUAGUUUAAGUUAAAUUGAAUUCGCAAAUACCGAUUUGUAACCCUAUUGAUCCAACAAUAUCUCUGAGAGACAAAAUCUGAGCAGAGCGCGCCUGCGCACGCUAGCCACUGUCCACCUUCUGUGGACAAUCGUUUAGGUAGAGAAACAAUCACCAACCUCUUGUACAUAUUGUAUAUAGAUUAGUACGAAAUAACAAGCAAUACAAAACACACGCGCGGUCGUCGUUCUUUGUCAUCGCUCUAUCACCGUCAGAGCAAUAAAUUCGCAAGUCCCCGCGUUACCAAGGGACUUUGCUGUUGUCGAUAUUGCGGUUGUGAACCGUGCGAGUCAAAUUGUGCUAAGUGGUCGGUUACCACGGCACUUAGACGUUUUGUGGUUGCAGUGGUGAAGCGAGUGAGAAGACAAAUUUCCUAAGUGCCCGGUUACCAAGGGACUUAGCCGUUCAAGUGUCGUGAGCAUCAUUCGGACCCUAGUGAAAGGGUCGAAGAGCUUUGACGGUGCGAGUCAAAUUGUGCUAAGUGGUCGGUUACCACGGCACUUAGACGUUUUGUGGUUGCAGUGGUGAAGCGAGUGAGAAGACAAAUUUCCUAAGUGCCCGGUUACCAAGGGACUUAGCCGUUCAAGUGUCGUGAGCAUCAUUCGGACCCUAGUGAAAGGGUCGAAGAGCUUUGACGGCCAGUGUUUGAAGAAGUACUGGACACAAAGGGCUUGUGGCGACCCAAGCCCUCGGUCAGUGAUAUCGCGAGUGUUUGCUGCACUUUAGUGCACUUUUCACCAGCUGCUCCGGCAGUGAAGAAAGUCCUUCGGUCCAGGCAUAGUUCGCGCUCGA